AUGGCUUCGGAAGCCUCUCUUUCUUCCAACGCAUCGAGUCAUUGUUUUGCACUUACUCGAUACCUCUUUGCAAGUCGAGCAUCGGCCGAAACCGCAUGCAACCCUAGAAACCGUCGUCGUCCGAGUACUCGCAGCCACUCUCCUAAACAGAACUUUAUGAUCAACGUCUUCGACAUUUCACCCAUCAUGGCUGCGGAAUCGAUGCACUUCACGAGCGGCAUACUGUCCCUCGCGUACUCUGGUCGUGUUAGUCUGAUGGGCGGCACUGCGGGCGUAAUAGCCAUCACGUACGGCGCCAUCAUGUGUAAUAACCUGAAGCUGCAGGGCGAACUCGUGUACGUGUGCAAGGUCGUGGGAAUGCUUAUCAAGAGGGUGAAUGGAGGCCAUGUGGAACCGGAGAAGCAGAUUGGGGCUCUUGUCUAG